GAGAGCAAGAGGGGAAAGAGCGAGAGAAAGUAAACAAGAUGAUAUCAGGCCUCCCGACCUCCGCCCCAGCGACACCGCGGCCAGUGGUCCGCCAGUGGACGGCUCGCAGCGUCCCGGGCGCGAAGUUUCCUCCGUGUUCACCCUCCUCUGGAAAAGCAAAACCGAAGCACUUCAGCGUCGAAGGCAUGGCAGGCGUGGCACUGGCACUGCUGUGCGCCGCCGCCUGGGCUGUCUCGGGAGAGGCCCCGGCCGGCGUGCCCCAGGAGGAGGACCUGCGCCCCGCGAUCCUGUUCAAUCAGCUGGCUCUCGCGCAGGUGCUGGAGCUGCUCGGCGGAGCGAAUGCCACGGCGCAGGAGCAGCUGGACCGAGUGUCGAGUGCCACGGGUGCCAAGCUGGAAGCCCUCAGGGAAGACUUCCUGCAAUUGCGCUCGUUGCUGGAUGCAGUGUCGCAGAGCAUCUCAUUGCACGUGCAACGCGAUGACGUCACGCAGGAGGACAGGGGAACCUGCACUGCAAUCUCGGACUUCUUGGAAGAAGGAAGCCAACGCAGAGCUCGCCAGAUCGAGCGCCUCCGUCGAGCCAUUCCGGAGUUAGGAUCUCAACACGCACAGCUGGAGGAGGAGAUCCGAAGAUUCAAAGCAGAGAGGCAACUGCUGCAAGAACAGCGGCUCCACCUGCAAGCUUCGAACUCGCAGCUGAGAGAGGGCGAGGAGGGAGCCCAGCUGGAGAGCCUUGAACUCAAGGCGAGGCUCCAGAACGCGAAGGACGAAGCCAGGCACCUGGAGGAAGAGGUGAGACGCGCCCAAUGGGAGACUCGCCUCUCUGAACUCAAGACGCAACACACAGAUCAGCUGGUCAGUCAACUCACAGGUCAGGUUGCACUCCUCAGCCAGGUCAUGACCUACCUGGAGCAGUUCGAGGGGCGGCUGUACGAGAUGAAAGACUCGCUCGUUGGGGAUGUAAGUGUCAUAGAAGAGGAGAAUGCAAAGUUAGACAAAGAGAAGAGGAACUUGCAGAAGAGCCUCAGCCUCACGCAGAGACGAGGGAAGGAACUGACAGAGGAGAAGAACAAACUAGCCCAGACGCUGACGUCACUCGACGCAGAUGAACGCGACCUCAACGCUAGGAUUCAACAGAAUAUCGACGAGAAGCACCUUCUGCUGGAAGAAAUCGAAGCGCUGACGGCAGAGAACAAACAGCUGAAGGAAGAGCUGAAUGAAAAGGAAAACAGCAUAAUAUUUUGUGAAUGAAGUAAGUUUAAUUGUUUGUAGCUUCCAUCUUUUACUUGUUACAAGAGUAUUAAGUAUAUGUAUAUGUAUUACUUGUUGCUUAUUUGAGUAUGAAAAAAAACUUCAGUCUGAGGUAAAGACCCGACUAACUGAUAACCAACUUUCUUCAGAGAAUGAAAUUGACUUUGACAAAUUAGUAAAAAAUCACUAAACAGAUCAAAAAGCCAAAAUGCCGUUUCACUAUCUGUAAUCUAGGCAGUGAAACUAAACAUUUUAGGCCAUGUCGAAACAGGCUUAAACUUCAAAUCAGCUCAGAAGUACUUUCAUGCAUCUUUUGCCUUGUUUUCAAACUUUAGUAGUUGGUUUCAGUAUCUCGCCGGCAGUAUUUACUAGGAUAUUGUCCUAUAGUGUUCAUACUAAUGAUUUUGUUCGUGUUGAGGCUAAUAAUGAUCUAUUUUACAAUUGCUAUAUUUAACCGUAAUUAUAGGAGUAAAGUCUUGA